GCCCCGCGCUCCGCCGGCAUGAUCUCCUGAAGGGCCGAGCCCGCCCGCGCCCCCGCCCCGCAUCUUCUGCAGCUGAGGCUCUGAAAUACUGGAGGACACUGCAUCUUCCUCAGGGACACGGGCAAGGGAGAGCUGGAGCCUCUGGGGGGCUCAAGAAGGAAUUGUGGUUGGUGGUCGCCUGAGGGACUUCCCUUCACACCAAUGUUGCUCUGAAACCMGUCGUGUCCAACAGUCAAGUUUGGUAAGAUGCCUCAGGAACAGUACGCGCACCGGAGCACCAUGCAGACCUCGGAAGGACCCCAGGUAUACAAAGUGGGCAUUUAUGGCUGGAGGAAGAGGUGCCUCUAUUUCUUUGUGCUGCUCCUAAUGAUUUUAAUCCUGGUGAACCUUGCUAUGACCAUCUGGAUUCUGAAGGUUAUGAACUUCACAAUUGAUGGAAUGGGGAACCUGAGGAUCACAGAAAAGGGUCUGAAGCUUGAAGGAGAUUCAGAGUUCUUGAAACCUCUCUACGCCAAAGAAAUCCGAUCAAGACCAGGCAACCCCCUGUACUUCCAGUCCGCCCGAAACGUGACAGUGAACAUCCUCAACGAGAAGACAAAAGUCCUCACUCGCCUUGUAACAGGUCCCCAAGCAGUGGAAGCACACAGCCAAAAAUUUGAGGUGAAAACCCUCUCUGGGAAAUUGCUGUUUUCUGCAGAUGACAACGAAGUGGUUGUUGGAGCAGAGAGAUUGAGAGUUCUAGGAGCAGAAGGCACAGUGUUCCCUAAAUCUAUAGAAACUCCCAAUGUCAGGGCAGACCCCUUCAAGGAACUAAGGCUGGAGUCGCCCACRCGCGCGCUGGUGAUGGAGGCGCCCAAGGGCAUCGAGAUCAACGCUGAGGCCGGCAGCCUGAAAGCCACGUGCAGGACAGAGCUCAGGCUGGAAUCCAAAGAUGGAGAGAUAACGUUGAAUUCUGCAAAAAUCAAACUACCUAACUUGCCUCAAGGAUCUUCCUCUUCUGCAGGGUCCAGGCAAAAAAUCUACGAGCUCUGUGUGUGUCCCAACGGGAGGUUGUUCCUGUCUCAGGCAGGCAGCAGCUCCACCUGCCAGAUAAACACGAGUGUCUGCCUUUGAGAGACAAUUUGCAGUGGGGCAUGGCAGGCAGCACAAAAGCCAGUUCUGGUCUCACAGACCCAGCUGCCAACUAUUUUUACUAGAAACACAGAAAGCCUAUCAAAGACUUUUUUUGUGUGUGCGCGCGCGUGUGUGUGAAUAUAUAUAUAUAAAAAAUAUAUAUAUAAGAUAUAUAUAUAUAUAUCCUCUGUGUAAAACGAUGUUUCAGUACAAGGAAUCCCAGGGUGACCCUAUUACAUUUGUGUAGCAUUUCUCUUUCCCACACCAAAAUUUACUGGUACAAUUUGCUGAAUUGGAUCCGAUGCUCCCCUGGACCCUUUUGUAUUAACACAGUGCGAUGAUCACCCCUCGUUUUUGAUCAUGAUCUCAGAGCAAUGGGAUUGCUGGCUGGGCAAAGACCCUGGAACCAGUGUAGACCCUCCGAAAUACAAAGGGAAGAGAAGCAUCUCUGAUUAUUUUUGCACCAUUAAAUCAGUGGCGUGAAAAAUAAGUAAUWUAAAAAACAACAAAAUAGCCAGAUGUGCUGUGUUGAUCACCUACAGUGGUCCAAGAUACCCGAGGGUAAAUUAAUCUCUAAUUACCACCCAAAGCAUGGCUCUGUUGGGAGAGAAGGAUGCAUUUGGCCAAUAGGAAAGUCCAGAGCUUYCUGCUGAAAUAAUCCAUGUAAUUUCCUGGAGAGGUUCAACACUUUGCCUUUGCAUGGCCAAGGAUGCCUUGUGCUAUUCAGAGGUGACACAUCAGRUCUAACACCAACCUAAAGUCACCUCUGUGCUGACAAAAUUGGUGUUGAAUUUAAUUAUUUGAAGGAAAAGGAUCAUKAAAGUUGUACUCAACAGAAAAAUCCAGAACCUCCUCCRUUAACAGGUGUCCUGGAUCACCCUKCAAACUCCCCAUUAACACCUUUAAUUUGAAUGUACUUGGYGUGAAGGUGUGAAGAUUUAAGAUAUGGACAUUGGCUAAAUACCUGUAGAAACAGAGAAAAUCAAUUAUCCUACCCUUAGAAACUGAGAAAAUUACAAAAAUAAGUCUAAUAAUGUAGGUGCUACACCAGAAUUUCUGUCAUCCUUCUUUUCAAGGUAUCAAGUCCAAGGUCACUUAGAUUUGGUGGAGACUACAAAUAUCAGAGAUGCUGACAAUGAAAGACUUUUUUUUUAAGGACUUAUAAAGAUUGUGACAAAUCAGAUUACUGAAAGCAAGGGCUUUGGAUGCUGGUUCCUCUAGAAUUUGAGUCCCCAAAACUCUUUGGCUGAGUCUUAUCAUGGUUGUAUUUUUCCUUAUUUUAAAGUCUAGAAGUCAUUCACGGGCAGGAUAAAACACAAAAAUCUGAUCUGGUAAYAUUACUUCUACUUUUGAAGUUUUGGAAAAUAAUAAGAGCCCAGAUCAUUGAAUUCUGACCCAUAAUUUUAUCCACAUGAAUGCAAAAAUCCUUAAAAAAAAAACCCCAAAUAUACCAAUUAGGGCAAAAGUUUCCAAGCCUUAGUAAAUCUCACGAGGACAGCAAGGUUUCUAAGCCACUGAGAUGCUUUUGAAAUAUUACCUCAUGUGCAAAUAAGACAGAUCUGUGCCCAUCCCUAGUGAUAUCUAACCAAAGCUGGUAUUCUUCAAGUGAUCUUCAAGAUAAAACAUAGCUGACAAAAAUCUUUAGAAAUAAUUUAGCUCAUUUUUUUACAGUUUUUCACGUAUUUUCUAUUUUCUUGUGGUCUCAAGAGUACCAGGGCUUGAUUUUUUUUCUUACAUUUUUUUUUAAUGGACAAUUCUGGCUUAAUCCAAAACUGAUUGGACUCAAAGAGAAGAUAUCUAUGGAGUUUAGAUUAGAUGUGUUGCUGCCUAACAAAGCAGCACUCCCAUAAAAUUCCUGAAAGAGGAUUGAACWAUUUACUUUCAUUUCAAUAAUGCUUUCCAGUGAAUUAAUGAAUUCAAAACUAUUUGUUAGUGAAUGAUUCCUGUAAUUAUUAUGUCUUGAGUCAACGUUUGAAUGCAAAGGGUCACCCAGGGUAACAAUUGUAUUGGGACACAGGACUAUACCAUCUCUGUUCAAAGAGGGGAAUUGUGCCUAUGCCUUAAGUCAAUGCACUCAGCAAGGAGAAGCACAUCAUAUUUAUCUUGUUAUUAAAUCUAGUUUAUUUGGGGGGAGGGGCAGRAGGGUGUCUUGGGAACUGGUUGUGCAACUUUAAACAGAUAUUGAUGAAAUACAUUAAGACUGUAGGGGCACCUAGAAUGAUACAGACUUUUUUUUUUUUUUUUUAAACCAUGUUAAAUAUAGCAAAAUACUGUGUACAUUACCUCUGGGACCGUGACUGAAUUCCCAUUCAUAGUCCUACAUUUACUGUGGAAUUUUUUUCCCCUGUUUCAUUGAAUACUGAUCACAAACCUUAUAGCAAGCAUGGCCCAAUCCAUAACCAAAUCCUGUGUGAGCAGUUUGAAGAGUUCCUCUUUUGUGCUGCUCAGGAAGAGUUCCCUGAGCAGAAAACGAGUCAGAUUAACGUUCCCAUCCCUGGGAGAAUUCAGGUGGGUGAGGAAGGCAGGGCUGGACACAGGGACUGGCCCAUCAGGGAUGAUCCUGUUUUCUGUGCUCCACUCUGGAGAUGCCCAUGGCUCAAUUCUCAUCCCCGUGCCACCCUCUGGCUGCUCUGCUGAGGAUUUCCAUCCCAACAAAUUAAUUUCGAGUGGCUGCUUUUCUCAGCUGAGCUCUGGGAUGAGGUUAUCACCCCCUCAUAUCACAACAGCCAUGAAACUGCUGAGGACAUUCAUAUCUUGGCAUGAGUUUCUGCUGGAGAGCUGUUAGGAAAUGACCUUAACAUCUGUGCCAUCRCUGCAGAUGCUUCUCUGAGGUGAACUAAGGGUACCUUAAUUAUGUCUACUGAAAGAAUUCUCGUUGUUUCAAUGUAUUUUUCAACCGUGUUUCCAUGUUAAAAAAAAAACAUAAAAUGAUGUGUUGAAAUGUGAGGARUUAUUGCUGGAAAGAAUGAACUCCUGUAGAGACUUGUAGAUGAUUUGAACACCACUUGAGUUUGAAGAGAGUGRUUUGGGUGAUGCUGCCUGUGCUGGUGUCAUCCCUGCUCUUCAGCCAGUGGCAAAAACAGAGAAUGGGUCAGGAAUAUCCCUGAGGAGAAAGACUUGGCUUGUUGGUUGAGGGGAAACUCAGCAUGACCUGAAGUGCACUCACAGCUCGGAAAGCCACCCCUGUCCUGAGCUGUGUCAAAAGCAGCCUGGGCAGUGGUCAAGGCAGAAAUUCUGAGCUCUUGUGAGCCCACCUGCAAUGCUGUGCCCAGCUUUGGGAGCCCCAACACCCAAAGGAUGGAGGAACACUGGAGAGAGCCCAGAGGAGGCCAUGGAGAUGCUCUGAGGGCUGGAGCCCCCUGCUCUGGAGCCAGAGGGAAAGCUGGGGAGUGCUCACCUGGAGAGGGGAGAGCUCCAGGGAGAGCUCAGAGCCCCUUCCAGGGCCUCAAGGGGCUCCAGGAGAGCUGGAGAGGGACUUUUU